CAGCAGCAGCAGCAGCAGCGUGUCUGCUGGAUGCGGUCAGUCAGAUAGUGUUGAGUCUCACUGGUUCGUGUUCAACUGGCGAGCAACAAACUAGAGUUUAAUUACAGGAAAACAGACAAAGUCAGAUCGGAGGGAAGAAAAAAAUCUUUUUUUUUUUUUGGGAGUUUUUCUUUCACGGAGAGAGAGAAAAAAAAAGCGAAGAGAGAAAAUCCACAGCGAUCAGUUUGGAUUUGAUGAGAAAGUCAAGAAGUCCCGCUUUUGAGGAGACCAGCGGAAUAUGAUUUGAGCCAAGGGAGCGUAUACUGUCGCUAACAGGAUGAAUCUUCGCCCGCUGGAAGCCGUUCAUGUCAUCCUGCUGCUGUGGGCCCUGUGCCCCAGUGUGCAAGGCCAGUGCGAUAAAUCAUCUGAGACAUCCAGACUCAACCUCUCUGUCACCUACGAGCUCCCAACUUUCACCACUAACUUCACCAUUCAGAAUAUGGUGACGCUGGAUGGGAUCAUUUAUGUCGGGGCCGUGAACCGAAUCUACGCCUUGGCGCCAAAUCUUACGAAGCUGUCAGAGUACCACACAGGGCCGCUGUUUGCCAAUGAAACCUGCGGCCGGAAACUAAACAGCACAGGCGGUGGUGACAGGGUGGACAACCACAACAUCGCCUUGGUGGUGGAGCACAUUUAUGACAAGGGUUUGUACAGCUGCGGGUCGGCGGACAACGGUGUUUGCCGGCGUCACGUCCUGGAUGAUGACAUUAGCCCGAAAACUGUAGACGAACAGGUGUACUGCUUUGGAGACAAGGUGAGACAAGGCAAGGGUCAACCAAGCAACUCAGAUGUUGUGGUCAGCCCUUCUGGUUCUCAGGUGCUCAACGUGGAGAGCAACGUUAUCAAGUUUUUUGUUGGAAACUCUGAGAUUCCCGGCAUGAGUAACGUAUCAGGCGGCACAACACAUCCCCACACCAUUUCCCUGCGGAAGAUGAAGACGAGCCAAAAUGGCUUCACGUUCUUCUCCAGCCGUUCAUACAUGGACUUGAUUCCAUCUCUACGUGGAAACUACUACCUGCGAUACGUUUACUCCUUCCACAGCGGACCCUUCACCUAUUUCCUCACUGUGCAGAGGGUGAGCAGGGACUCUCAGGCCUACCACACCCGCAUAGUCCGCAUGUGCUCCUCCGACCUCGACAUCCGCCGCUACGUGGAGAUGCCCCUAGAAUGCAUCAGCACCGAUAAGAGGCGACGACGCUCCACGGAAGCUGUGAAGGUGUUUAACAUCCUCCAAGCUGCUUACGUCACUAAGGUGGGCAAUGACGUCGAACUGCAAAAGCAGCUGAAGGUGGAGGAGGGCGACGACGUGCUUUUCGCUGCCUUCGCCCGCGGAAAGCCGAACUCUCCGGAGCCAACCCCCAAUUCAGCCGUCUGCAUCAUGUCGCUGAAACACAUCAACAACAUGUUCAAGAUGUACAUGCAGAGGUGCAACACAGUAGACCUGUAUCACUUCACUGGAUCAGACACUAAGACCUGCUACAAUGUGAGUUCAUCAGAUGACUGUGACCCGCAUGAGGGAAUCCAUGAAGGGAAAGAGGGCAAGUACCGCCUGCAGGUGACUCAGUUUGUACAAAGGUUGGAGUACUGGCACAAGGAACUAACAAACACCUUGGUUACCUCCAUCACCGUGGUGCCAGUCCACGGCCGUGCUGUGGCGUACCUGGGCACCGCCGACGGACGCCACAUACAGGUGCUGUUCUCCCGAUUUGCCUCCCCCCACAUCAACAUUCGCCUGGACUCGAGGCCCGUGUCCUCCAGCGUGGCGCUGCUUAAUGAUGAUCACUCAGAUGGAGCCCUGCUAUUGGCCACAGGAAACAAGAUCACUAAGAUCCCUCUUAUUGGACCCGGCUGUGGUCAGCUGACAUCAUGUACUUCCUGUUUGCUGUCGGCGCGGGUGACAGAAUGUGGUUGGUGUGAUGGACGCUGCACCAGAGCCAACCAGUGUCCCUCCUCCUCUGUCUGGACGCAGGAAUACUGCACACCUGUCAUCACUAAGGUUUGGCCGACUUCUGGACCAAUACGAGGCUCUACAGUGGUGACAAUUUGCGGGCGCAACUUUGGCUUCGACAAGACGGAGAACUUCAAGGCCUCUCUGGUAACGGUGGAGGUGGCCAGAGCUCCCUGCAAACUGCCCAGACAGGACAGCAUCAACAGGUGGACUGAGAUGCAGUGUUCCCCAGUGUUCAGCGGGAACUUCACCCCAUCAGGACACACAGUGAAGGUCACCAGUGGCCACAAGGUAGCCAAGAUUGAAGGCUUCACCUUUGUGGACCCUGUGAUCAAUGAAAUCUUCCCGUCGUUCGGGCCGAAGUCUGGAAACACCAUGCUGACCAUCAGAGGAGCCUUCCUGGAUACUGGAAACAAGCAAGAGGUGACUGUGGGGAAGGCUGUCUGUAAGAUCCAGAGCUUGUCGUCCAACAUGCUGACGUGUAAGACGCCUCCAAACGCCGUUCCUUCCAAGCAACCUGUGAAGCUGACGGUGGACUCGGUGGAGCGUCACGCCCCGGUGCUGUUCACCUACAACCAAGACCCCAUCAUCAACAGCAUCCAGCCCUCACGCUCCUUCAUCAGCGGAGGCUGCACCGUGUCGGCUCAUGGCUUCUUCCUCCAGUCUGGUCUACAGCCCCAGAUGGUCCUCACCACCGCUCAGGAUGCUGAGGUCUUCCAUGUGAGUUGUGUGUACGGGGAGAACCGGACAUCCAUCCAAUGCACCACACCAUCUCUGGCCAAACUGGCCCUUCCACCGCCGGUGGUCACCAAGGUGGCGUUCGUCCUGGACGGCUACUCCACAGAACAAUGGGAUCUGAUCUACGUGGAAGACCCCCUUUUCGAGGACCCCAAGCUUACAUCCAAGGACAACAAAAGCAUUGUGGAGCUGAAGGGUGACCGGAUGGACAGGGAGGCGAUGAAAUGUCAGGUUCUGACUGUUUCCAACCACAGCUGCGAGAGUCUAACUCUGGUCGGAAACACUCUGGAGUGCACCGUUCCCACCGAGCUUCAGGCCGCCACCUCCAAGGAGCUGCAGGUGGAGUGGCGCCAGGCGGACACAAUCAGACAUCUGGGUAAAGUGACGCUGGCCCAGGAGCAGGACUACACGGGCCUCAUCGUGGGCUGCGUGUUCGUCAGCUUGCUGCUGCUGCUGCUGGGAACGCUGCUCAUGUGGAGGAGGAACAAACACAUCGAUGAUCUAUCUGAGGUGUGGUAUGAUGGCCGGGGUCACAUCCAGCAUCUGGACAGGCUGGCUAACGCGAGGAGCGUCAGCCCCACUAACGAAAUGGUCUCCCACGAGUCAGUCGACUAUAGAACAACCCUGCUGGAGGAUCAGGGCACCGACAGGCCCGAGACAUGCCGGGGAGCUCCUCCCAUCUACGGGGGCAACGGGGAGCUGUUGUCCCCCAGGCUGGGGGUACUGGGAGGUGGGAUGGGGAUGGGUUUGGGAAUGGAAGGUGAGCUGGUGUCACCCCUGCUGAUGGCCCCGGUCCACAUCGACCCGUCCUGUCUCCACCCGGACCUGCUGACGGAGGUGCAGCAUGUGGUGAUCGCCAGGGAGCAGCUGCUGCUUCACCUCAACCAGGUCAUCGGCAGAGGUCACUUCGGCUGUGUUUUCCAUGGAACUCUACUCGAGCCAGACGGGCAGAAGCAGCACUGCGCCGUCAAGUCUCUGAACCGCAUCACAGACUUGGAAGAGGUGUCCCAGUUCCUGAAGGAAGGGAUCAUCAUGAAGGACUUCAGUCACCCCAACGUUCUCUCUCUGCUGGGGAUCUGCCUGCCACCGGAGGGCUCUCCACUGGUGGUUCUGCCCUACAUGAAGCAUGGCGACCUGAGAAACUUCAUUCGCGAUGAGGGACACAACCCGACCGUGAAGGACCUGAUGGGCUUCGGGUUGCAGGUGGCCAGAGGGAUGGAGUAUCUGGCCAGCAAGAAGUUUGUCCACAGAGACCUGGCUGCCAGGAACUGCAUGCUGGAUGAGAGCUACACGGUGAAGGUUGCAGACUUUGGCUUGGCCAGAGACGUGUACGAUAAAGAAUAUUACAGCGUCCACAACAAGAGCGGAGUCAAGCUGCCCGUCAAAUGGAUGGCUCUGGAGAGUCUGCAGACACACAAGUUCACCACCAAGUCAGACGUGUGGUCGUUUGGUGUGUUGUUAUGGGAACUGAUGACCCGCGGAGCCCCACCUUACUCUGAUGUGAACUCCUUCGACAUCACCGUGUUCCUGCUGCAGGGAAGGAGACUGCUGCAGCCCGAGUUCUGCCCCGAUGCGCUCUACACGGUGAUGAUCGAGUGCUGGCAUCCAAAACCGGAGCGGCGUCCCUCCUUCUCCGGGCUGGUGUCGCGUAUCUCCGCCAUCUUCUCCAGUUUCAGCGGCGAGCACUACGUCCUGCUCAACACCACUUACGUCAACAUCGACAAGAUGAGCCCUUACCCCUCCCUCCUCGCCUCCUCCUCCUCCUCCUCCUCCACCACCGCGACUUCCUCCUUCUCGCCUUCCUCGUCCGACCCUUCCACCUCCACCUCCCUGCCAUCCCACUCCCCCCUCUGUUGCCACGUGGAGAGAGACUGUUGCACCUGAGGGAGGAAGACGGAAAGGAAGGAAGAAGGCAGAAAAAGAAAGACUCGGAAAGAGAGAGAAAGCGAGGAGGAAAAUUGAAGGUGAUGAAGACUCUGUUUGAGAACUACUGUAUGUACUUACCAAACACUGGACACUGUAUGCUGAGGAAAAACACACACAGUUUACGGAACUUCGACUGUUCACUCAAUGUACAUAGAUCGUCGACCUUUUUGACCUUCUCGAGCAUCACCGAACCAUAGGGCCGACCUUAUCGAUUUCCACCGACCUUUCUGACCUUUCAUCGACCCCGAGGAGCGUGAGGUCAGCUUUCCUGCGUCUCCCUACAAGACGAUUACAAGGCACAGGAACGCCUCCUCGUAGACUUCCCAGCGGACAAAGCCACCGUCGCAGAAGCACAACACCGUUCAUCAAACACCCGGAACGUCUCAUUGACUGCUGUACCCACGCAAAGGGGGGGAGGGGGGAGGGGGGGACAGACUUCCAUGUUUCCCGCUCAUCUCCGAGCGGCGUGUGCUUCAAUACGUGGCUUGUGGCUCGGACCUUUUUCGCUAUCUGUAAUGUGAAUGUUUUGACAAAUGGCCAUGUAUUGUGUUGUAUAAAAAAAAAUGUCACACCUCCGCAUCAAAUACAAGACUAUACGCCACCCUCGCACGCCCCCCCCCCCCCCCC